UUCUAGGCACUAUAAUCGUGGCAUCAGAAAAGAGAAAACUCAAGUAAACUGAAGCGAAGUAAAAGAGUCCCUUUUUAAUGUUGUCGGCUGUUGGGUGCUAAAUUAUUAGGGAAAUAACUGGAUCGAGGAUUCAAAGAUGUCUCAUAGGAAGUUUUCAGCACCCCGACAUGGGUCUAUGGGGUUUGUACCUAAAAAAAGAAGUAAGAGACAUCGUGGAAAGGUAAAAGCUUUUCCCAAAGAUGAUCCAUCUAAACCAGUUCAUUUAACAGCGUUCAUUGGUUACAAAGCUGGUAUGACUCAUAUUGUCCGAGAAGUAGAUAAACCUGGAUCAAAGGUAAACAAAAAAGAAGUAGUAGAACCUGUAACCAUUUUGGAGACUCCUCCCAUGAUGAUUGUAGGAGUUGUAGGCUACAUUGAAACCCCAAAAGGCUUACGAGCAUUCAAGACUGUUUGGGCUGAACAUCUUAGUGAAGAUUGUAGAAGAAGAUUUUAUAAGAAUUGGUACAAAUCAAAAAAGAAGGCAUUCAGUAAAUAUUCAAAGAAAUGGCAAGAUGAAGUUGGCAAAAAGGAAAUAGAAAAGGAUUUGAAGAAAAUGGCUAAAUAUUGUAAAGUCAUUCGAGUUAUUGCCCAUACUCAAAUGAAAUUGAUGAGAAAGCGACAAAAGAAGGCUCACAUCAUGGAAAUUCAACUAAAUGGUGGCAAUAUAAGUCAAAAAGUAAAAUGGGCACGUGACCAUCUUGAAAAGCCUGUACCACUGAGUCAAAUUUUUGCUCAGGAUGAAAUGAUUGAUGUAAUUGGUGUUACUAAAGGAAAAGGAUUCAAAGGUGUUACCAGCCGAUGGCAUACAAAAAAAUUACCUAGAAAAACUCAUAAAGGUUUGCGUAAGGUUGCCUGUAUUGGAGCUUGGCAUCCUAGUCGAGUACAGUUUACUGUGGCAAGGGCUGGGCAAAAGGGUUAUCACCACAGGACUGAAAUUAAUAAAAAGAUUUAUCGAAUUGCACAAGGUGUACAUACCAAGGAUGGAAAAGUAAUAAAAAAUAAUGCAUCAACUGAGUAUGAUUUAACCGAAAAGAUGAUUACUCCUAUGGGUGGAUUCCCUCAUUAUGGAGAGGUAAAUUGUGAUUACUUGAUGUUAAAAGGAUGUAUUAUGGGUCCUAAAAAAAGAGUGAUAACUUUAAGAAAAAGUCUAUUGACACACACUAAGCGAGCAGCAACAGAGAAGAUCAAUUUGAAAUUUAUUGAUACAUCAUCCAAAUUUGGCCAUGGCAGAUUCCAAACUCCUGCUGAAAAACGUGCUUUUAUGGGUCCUUUGAAAAAAGACAAAGUAAAAGAAGAAGCAACGGCAUGAGUUUUAUAAACUAUUUGGAGCGUACAAUAAAAUUGGAAAGAAC